CCCGGAAGCGGCCCUUUAAUCUCCAGCUAGCCGACUGCACUGUGCCGAAAGGUUUCUGCCGUCAAAAGGCAGGCGCGCCGUUCAGGAUCAGGGACCGAUUCCCAGAAAUGGAGGAGCGAUCGGGGGGCGUUAACAGGUGCCAGCUCCUGGACCUGCCGUGGGAGGACGUGCUGGUCACCCACAUAUUCUGCUACCUCCCGCUCCGGCAGCUAGUCAGCCUGCAGAGAGUGAGCAAGCAGUUUCACACUCUCAUCCAGGUCUAUUUGGCUAACUGUCGCUCCUUUGACCUCACGCAGGUAGGCCCUCGGAUGCCAAAGGAGGCUUUCUGCAAUAUGCUGAAAGACAACAAAGUUCUACAGAGCCUGGUUCUCCAGAACUGUUCCGAUUGGGUGACAGACAAAGAGCUCCUGCCCGUGAUUGGCCAGAACCAGCACCUGCUGCAGAUUGACAUGCGGGGCUGCGUACGGCUGAGCCGCCACGCCCUGGUAGCCGUGUCGCUCAGCUGCACGCGUCUGCAGCACCUGGGCCUGGCGCACUGUGAAUGGGUGGACAGUCUGUCGCUGCGCAGCCUGGCCGACCACUGCCGGGGUCUGCGCUCCAUCGACCUGACGGCCUGCCGGCAGCUGAAGGAUGAGGCCGUCUGUUAUCUGGCCGGGAAGUGUACUGGUCUCAGAUCCAUCUCGGUGGCGGUCAACGCUAACAUCACCGACGUGGCGGUGGAAGAGGUGGCCAAGAACUGCAGGGACCUGGAACAGCUGGACCUCACAGGCUGCCUGAGGGUUAGGAACGACUCCAUCAGGACAGUCGCUGAAUACUGCCCCAAACUGCAGUCCCUCAAGGUCAACCACUGCCACAAUGUCACUGAGUCCAGCCUGGGGGUACUGCGGCGGCGGAACGUGGCGAUAGACGUGGAGCCGCCCCUGGAGAGGGCUCUGGUCCUGCUGCAGGACGUGGUGGGGUUCGCACCCUUCAUCAACCUCCAGAUCUAGGCGGGAGCCGGUCAUGUGAUGGUGCCUCCGGACCACUUGGCAUUUUACAGCACUGAAUGGGUAGAUGACUCCAUUUCCAAGAUGACCACGGCUGACCUAUCAGCGGAGAGAUGAACCAAGAAGCGAACACGUCAAACGUAUUGUGUCCUUAAUGUCGUAAUACCUGCCGCCUGUUCCCUGCAGUAAAUAUGCUGUAAUGCACCGGCUGAUUUAAAUCCAGUCGGGGAGGACUUCAUUCUGGCCUCACGCAAAGGCGUACGCUAGUCAGCGUAGUAGUUAAUCUCCACAUCACACAGGACUGUAGCUUUAAUUUCAGUACAUUAAUGGGUAGUGCCUGGUAUCUAGUUACUGCGCUUAGUGGGCAGUUAUUCAGUAAGUGUAAUAUGGGGACACAUGCUUUGAAAACGUAAAUGUAAAAUUUGCUGAGUCUUCAAAACACUACAUGAUGUGUUAUUGCUGUAUCGUCCUCUUAAAAUUAUUAAUAGUAACAGAAAACAUUAUUCUCAACCCUGGAUACUCAGGUGUUAGGUGAAACUUUUUUUUUUUUUUUAAUUAUUGCAUUUCUUUAAAGAUUUUCACUAUAUUUUUCAUUUACACAUUAAUGUUAGUUUAGAAUCUGUCUUGCACCAAUACUUGCACAUAAAGUAUUUCAGGUCCGGUGUUGAUUUUGUAUGAAGAACGAAUUGAAGAUGUACAAAUGAAACCAUGCUUCUUUCGAUUUAAUAUUUAUGUCGUAGAUGUUUUGAGCUUUAAGUUUCAGUGUAAUUACUGUUUUGUUUGCUUAUGUUCCCAGAACACAUGAACAGCUGUUGUCAUUUGAUGUCUGUUAAUUUGAAACAAACUUGAAUUUCAAAGGAUACAAUGUGCGUGUAAUAUACUGUAAAUCUUUUUAUUGAAACCAUGAAAGUAAUUUUGAACACUGUAACUUUUAUUUAUGGCUUGGGUAAUAUGAAAAAUAUUAAUCUUAAUAUGUAACUGCUUCUAUAACUGGCUGCGUGUGUAAAGUCUUAUUUAUGACCAGGAUGUUAUGUUGUCUCAAUUCAUUGCUAUUCACAGAUGCAAGGAUAUAACUUAUUGUUCAUUUAAAAGUUUGUAUUUGAUACAGUGAUACAGCGAUGAACUCUAUUGAUCAGUAUGUUAUACCUUUCAUUGAAUCCAUGCUGUUAGGAAGCCGCGGCCAACAUUUCAGAUAUUCUGCCAGCUGACCUAAAAAGCUAAUCCAAAGGUGAAACUAUAAAACUAUCCAAGGUGAAAUUUGGAGGAAUUUUGCUUGAGGUCCUCACUUGUAUAACUUUAACACUCAGUGUGUACUAAAUCAGUAAUUCUCAACCCGUGGGUCGCGACAAGUUCUGAAAGGAUCGCGAGGGAGAGUUGGAAAUGUAAGCAUUUUAAAGCUAGCAAGCUCUGAGGCUGGUCCACGACCAGAUUUCCCAGCCCCACUCCUAGAAUUAACAUAUAUAAACGAUUCUUAGGUCUGCAAAUGCUUAGCGCAAAACUAGCGAACACUCAUCCAAUCCAAGAAGCGUAACCACAGAUGCUUAAUUUAAAAUUCACUGGCGCAUCCAAUCAGAUUUGUGCGAUAGGCAUUGAUCGGUGUAAACUGCAUAGUGCACUGCAUGCUUGGUAAUAGCGUUAAUUUUAACAUACUUUACAUAGAGUCGUGACUGGUCGCGGUGCAAUAAAGGUUGACAACCACUGUGCAAAAUAAUAUACAUUUAUUUGCAGGGGCUAAAUAAUAUUUUAGGGCGGCUAACCCCCUCCCCCCAAAAGUAGUCCUAGCGACACCCGCAUUAGCGCUUAAAUUUUAGAUAUGAACAUUUUCUUUGCAGCUGUGAAACCUAUAACACAUUACUACUAACUGUUAAUUAUCUAAGAUACUGACCGAUCUUCCAGAGUUUGUGAUAGUAUAGGUGUCCGGUCCGGGAUACUGAGGCAAUGCAGAAGUGGUUUUCAACACCAGCGACUGAAAUUCUCUAGCUGGCUCAGUGAAGGCUCUGUGACUACAGCUCCCUCUACUGGUGUUUAGCAUUUAUUAUCACAUGUAUUUAUCAAGUAUGCACAGAUUUGUUCUGUUUAAAUAGGCCUAUUAAAUCAAUACAUUGUAUUUAAA